GCUCUGUCGGCUCGAGCAGAUGUUCGUCGAGCUUCGUCCAGCUGGACUACAUCAAGAUGUCCGCUGAGAGAUUUGAGAAAAAGGAGACUAUAGACCUGAGGAAAAAAUAUAUUGGGCCAUCUUGUAAGAUUUUUUUCAGCCAUGACCCAAUCAAGAUUGUGGGAGCCAAAGGCCAGUAUAUGUAUGAUGAGAAAGGACAGCACUACCUGGACUGCAUCAACAAUGUGGCUCAUGUGGGCCACUGUCAUCCUGAUGUGGUGAAGGCAGGAGCUCAGCAAAUGGAACUACUCAACACUAACUCGCGCUUCCUGCACGACAACCUUGUCCUGUACGCCCAGAGGCUGCAGGCCACGCUGCCUGACAAGCUGGCUGUUUGCUACUUUGUCAACUCCGGCUCCGAAGCCAACGACCUGGCUCUCCGACUAGCACGGCAAUACACAGGCCACAAAGAUAUCAUCACUUUGGAAAAUGCGUACCAUGGCCACGUCUCAUCGCUCAUUGACAUCAGUCCAUAUAAGUUCCACCAGCUGUCAGAUACUGAGCAGAAUCAAUUUGUCCAUGUGGCUUCCAGUCCAGAUGUGUACAGAGGGAAACACAGAGCAGACCACCCUGAUCCUGCCUCCGCGUAUGCAGAUGAAGUCAAAGAUAUAAUAAACAAAGCUCACAAGAAAGGAGGCAAGAUUGCUGCUUUUAUAGCUGAGUCACUGCAGAGCUGUGGUGGGCAGGUCAUUCCCCCUGUGGGUUACUUCCAGCAAGUGGCACAGCAUGUCCGUGAAGCGGGGGGCGUUUUUAUCGCAGAUGAAGUCCAAGUGGGCUUUGGGAGAGUAGGCUCCCACUUCUGGGCCUUCCAGCUUCAGGGAGAGGACUUUGUGCCCGACAUUGUCACGAUGGGAAAACCCAUUGGCAACGGCCACCCCAUGUCAUGUGUGGUCACGACCAAAGAGGUGGCAGAGGCCUUCAUGUCAUCUGGGAUGGAGUACUUCAAUACAUUUGGUGGUAAUCCAGUGUCGUGUGCCAUCGGUCUGGCCGUCCUAGACGUGAUUGAGAAAGAGGAUCUGCAGGGCAACGCACUGCGUGUGGGGCAAUACCUCACCAGUCUGCUGGAGAAGCAGAAAGAGAAGCACCUGCUGAUCGGAGAUAUCAGGGGUCGUGGUCUCUUUGUAGGCGUGGAGCUCGUCAGGGACAGGCUGAAGCUCACUCCUGCCACAGCAGAGGCCCAGGAAGUCAUAUAUAGGCUAAAGGAACAGCACAUUCUUCUCAGUGCUGACGGACCUCAUCGCAACGUGCUCAAGUUCAAGCCCCCAAUGUGCUUCACUACAGAAGAUGCUGAGCUGGUCGUGGAGAAAAUCGAUGUCAUUCUCACAGAACUGGAGGAAGCAUUGGACCUGAAGCUGAACAACACACUGGCUGUAGAAAAUGAAAGCAAUAAAAGGAAACUGCUGACUGAUGAAAACGGGCACAGUGGCGUGCUACACAGCAAAGGAAGCCGUCAAGGGUCUCCUCAACAAACCAAACAAAGCAAACGCCUCAGGACAUAAAGCCGCCUGUGAACAAACACAAGAACUGACACAGGUGGCACAUCUCUAGAGUUAAAGGGCCGUAAUUUGAUGAUAAAUGUUUUUAUAUUGAUAAUAUACUGCAUAUUAAUUAGAUUGUCUUCUCAGGUAUUUUUUUAAUAUUUGCAUAAUAGCAUGUUUUUAGCUAGCUGCAUAAAAAUGUACCUUAUUAUGUGACUUAGCAGGGUACAAGAGCCUUAUUCACGAUAUCAGGGAAUCAUAAAUGGAUCAAUCUAAACAUGUAGAUCUGAAAAUAUGCAUCAGUAUCUUUGUGUGCCUUUAGCAUUAAAAAUACGGCCUUGCAAAGGCCAUUACAUGUUUUUACAGAGAAGUAACUGAACUGUAAAUGCUGUGCAAAUGCUCAGAUGUUUCUUGUAUGACUGUCUUGUUACUACCUCUGUCCUACUCCAUUGACUGCAGAUGAAAAUUAACAUGUAUGGCUAAAUCUGGAAUAUUUAUAUGACAAAUUUAAGCACUCAUGUUAAUUAAUAUGCUUUGUCCCUUCUAAAUAUACACAAACAUAAGUCCAGGAAACACCAUUACCUGAUGAUCCUGUGAUGCCAUCUUCUGGAGGGAAAAUGAAAUGUGUCAUAUCUCCUGAACACUGCAUAUGCAAAGACGCCACAUUGUUUGGCUGCUGAUGUAAACUUGAGUUUAACAAUCUUCUCAAAAAUUCUGAGCAUUAAUUUUCUAUUUAAUCAUUUACAUUAAGUAGAAAUCAAAUCAAAGAAAUUCAGAAUCUGGAUGAAU